AUCACCCAUAGGACCAUCUCGUCUCGCCACACCUCCUUGGCCUUGAACCUCUUGUAUCUUGCGUCUGACAGCCCGUGGAGGUGGUGGUCGGCCUGGCUGUCAGUCGUGUGGGUAGCCAGAGCACUCUACUCAUGCUCCUUAUCCCUUGCCAGACGUGACAUUGAGGAGGAGCUGAGGAUUUGGUGCAUACAUUUACUGAGUGGUGUGGUAGAGGACGGCUCAGGACGCAGGGACGGGAUAUUACGGCCAGAUACAGCACACCAAGCAAGAUGAGUCAGGAACCCCCCAAGAAGGUCGUUCCCCCCCGCCCCGCACCCCCCAUCAGCCUGGAGAGAGACGCCACCCCACAUGAGCAUUUUGAGGCUACCUACCAAGAAGCUUACCAGCUGAUUGAUCGCGGCAUCACGCUCAUCACUGAGGGUCACAAUGCACAGGCAAGUGUGCUGCUUCAGAAAGGACUCGGUCUCAUUGACAAGGCGUUGGCCAUCAAGAUAGAGAGUUUUGACUGCAGUGCCGAGAAAACACAAGAGUAUGCUGAGAUGCAAGUCAAGAUGAGGUGCACCAGGAAAGAGGUCCUUGAGCACUUCUCCGAUGCCCAGGCUGCCUCAGGGGGAACAGGAGGUAGGCAGCAGGUGGAGGAUGCCCCGCCCUCCUAUGACGACUACCUCAGGUCCUUGGAGUCAGGGGCUUCAGGGAGCAGUGCAGCAGCAGCAUCAACAGCAGGAGCAAGAGCAGUGGGAGACAAUAACAUUGCUUCCUACCCCACUCUGUCACCGGACUGGGAGAUGGUGAACAACUCCCCCGUGGUCACACCAGUAGUGAAUGCCCAGCAAGGGGAGAUGAUUCUUAAUAUUGAGAAUGGUGUGCAAAUCUUCUUCAUCCUUCCCGAUGGCACCGUCACCAGCCCCUCCUACCCGUCCUUCCUGGCCAUCUUCACUUUUCCCGAGCCCAUCAAGGGUAUCCCAGGAACAGAUGCCAAUGCUCGAGGCUUCCUGCAGGUGGGGGAGUGGAGUUACCCUUUGGUGCCAGCUCAGAGCCCAGUCCUCCACUCCUUCUAUGGAGCCUACAUGUUCCCAAACUUCUCCAGUAGUGAAGCAGGGUCCAGCGUGGGGGUCAUCCUGCCAGACACAGUGGACAAAGACACUCGGGUUCUCUUUGAGCAGAUCCUGACACAGAUGACAUCAUACCAGAAGCAAGCACCCCCAUCAGAAGAGGCGGCCACUGCAGUCAAGGAAUCCACGGCCGAGCGCAUUGCUGCAGGUUUGGUCACAGGGGCAGAGGCAGUGUCCAAGGGCGUGGUGUGGGGUGCGGCCAAGCUGAGUGAACUGAUCUCCUUUGGGUCAGAGAGCCUGAAGGAGUAUGUGCCACCAGCAACAGAAAAAAAGGAGAUUGACCCCAAGUGGCACAAGACAGCAUCGGUGGCAAGAGAUGUUUCUGGCAAGGCUGUGAAAGUCAGUGGCUAUCUGUUGAGCCAGGUGGGCAAGGCAACCAUGGCACUGGGACGUAAAGCUGCCCCGCACCUCCAGAGGCAUGGAACCAAAGCCAUCACCCACCUGACAGGGCAGACGGAGAGAGAAGCUUCCUCCAACGUGGAUGGAGUGAUGGAGGUGGCGGCUGGGGCAGUGAAAGGAGCCUCCACCAUCUACAUGGGUCUGGAGUCUGCCGCUGCUACUCUGGCCACCAGCCUCACCGACAGCACAGUCAAAGUGGUGACUCACAGGUAUGGAGAAGAGGUCGGCUCACUGACAGACAACACACUGUAUGCAGUGGGCCAGACUGCCUGGGCCGGCCACAACAUUGCCUCCCUUGGAGUGAAAGGUGUGGCCAAGCGGGCUGCCAAGGACACUGGCAAAGCCCUCGUCCUCCAGCAUGAAGAAAAGAAGAAAGCUGGCCAAGGAGUAGAGGAGGCUGAAGAAGCAAUGGAACAAGAUACACCAAAAGAAGAGAAGCAGGACGCUGAGCAGCCUCCUGUUAGACCUGUCAGGGAGAAGAAAGCCUUUCCAUUGUGAGACAGUGAGGUACUAUUUGCUCUACUGAAAUGUAUAUGAUACGCACACAUCCACACUCACACACACAUGAACAGGCACCACACACACACACACACACACACACACACACACUUUCGUAAUUCUCCGGUAGUCAAAUCUUUUUUGGUUCACCAGCUUCUGCCUCUGCUUUCCACUUCCAGUAAGGUGGAGAACACAAAGUGCUUGUGAUGUUUCACCUCAUCAGAUUGAAAUCCUUACAAAAUAUAUUGCAUUCCUGCUUCACUAGUAAAGUUCUUACAUUCUAUGCUGAUUGAGGUGAACAGCUGAGCCCUAGCAACACUCAGGGACUAUCAAAAUUGAAGCUGAAAUUCUGGUAGUGUCACCUUUAAUAUGGUCUUGCAUUCAGUGGGAUUGUAGCUCCUGGUUUCUUGAGCAGUGUAUGAGUUGGUGGUGUCCUUGUAGUGAAGUUUUUCAUUAUUUCCACAUUUGGCGCAUUACAGUAAUGGGUCCACGCAGUGUUCUCCACUGGCAGCUAUGUUGCAAAACUGCGAGAAUCAUAUAUAUGUAUAUAUGAUAGUUUAUAUACAAGUCAUAUUGAUGUUACUGCAGUUAUUUGACUGUUUAGUACAAUUACGAGUCAAGACCCUUUUGAUUAUAAUUAUUAUCAUUAUUUUCAAGACAGCAUUGUAAACACUGUCACUUCCUCAGAAUUUAAACUUGACUAUUGCAGUCUCAUUACAUUUUUUGUCUUGAUGCAAUGUACUUCAUCAUCCUCCUGUAUUCCCUGCAGCACACCAGCAAAGUCAGAGUUUAUUGCAAAUCUGAGGCAGUGCUGCCAACGGCUCUCUUUGAGUUAUUUUUCUAUGUCUUACUGUAUUGUCAACUGAUCGUCCUUCGUUUAGCUGCCGUCUGUAAUAUUUGUUUGUGCUUCUUAGGCAUGGAGGUAGAAUUGGUGGAAUCGACAUCAGCCCAAUUAAGUGAAUCCGCCCGAGCUGUCAAUUUUACGGCCAGGUGUCAGGUGUUGUCAGGUCAGGCUCCCUCUUAAUGGGCUCGGCCAGGCUCGCCCACCCCCAUCUUUUGGCCAUAAAUUUGACAGUUCGUCGGCUUCACCUCAAUGAAUGGGAUUAGCGGGCCGUGUCGACUCCACCAAUUCUACCUCCAUGUUCUUAGGGUUCACAAUUAUUUGUAUUGUUAUUGUUUCAUUUUCAAUAACUCAUAUAGUUUUUAUAUGUGGAAGUUUCUCAAUUUGGGAUGCUCCUUUUUCUCUUCAUCAUCUUUGGUUAUUUGAGAGAAUCUUCUUAAUAUUUUGGAGAAUAUUACUCUGCUUGUGACAUUGUUUCCCAGCCAUGUGAUCUGAUUAAUAGGAUAUAUAUAUAUAUUAUUUCCAGUUGAGAAAUAUAUGCCUGAAUGUUCUCACGGCUCUGUAAUGAAACAGUUUAUUGCCUCGAGUUGCGUGACAUGUCUGAUGAUGUUUUGCUGUCUCCUUGUUGACCUCUCUGUCGCAUGUCUCCUGUUACUCCCACAUAUCAUCUGGGUCGCUGUCCUGUUUCUGGUGGUUAGUGGUUUUCACAUACUGAAUCCUCUACAAGUGUGAGAUAUAUUGUACAAGGUUAGUUUCUUCCAUCUUGUGUGCCUGUUCCUGUUGUUUGUAUCACAUUUUGUUUGUAUCUUCAUGCAUGUGAAGUGUCUACAUCAUUUGUAUUUGAUUUCUGGUGCCUUUUCAUUUAAUCUCACUACAUUUCAUUCAAUAUUUCCAGUAUUAACAUUUUGUCUUUGUCUUCAUUAUACUUUUAUAUCCAUUUAGUUAUAUUGUUCAACCCCAGUGGAUCAAGGGGGCUUCGUGGUGCAGUAGUUAGCACACUCGGCUCACAACCGAGAGACCCCGGGUUCAAUUCCCGGGCGGAGUGGAAAAAUUUGGGCGGCUUUUCCGAUACCCUACGCCCCUGUCCACCCAGCAGUGAAUGGGUACCAGAUAUUAAUCGGGGGUUGUGUCCCGUCUCCAGGGAUCUCUUCCCUUCUAUAAUUCCUUCCCCUUCUGUCUCUCUCCGGCAUAUGACUACAGAUGUUGCGCCGACUACACAAAACUUUUCAACUUUCCCAGUGGGUCAGUUUCAUCUUCAUCUUAUAUUUUCUCUCUUUCAUCAAUUGAGCUUCUUUGGCUGCCUCCUGCAUCAUUCUGUGUAAUACCUUUCUUUUCUGACAAUGAUUAUCGAAAACAAUUCAAUAACAUUUGCUUUUGUUAAAAAUGCAGGUCAGAUGAUGUAGUGUAUUGAGUGAAUCAAGUAUUACAUCAGCAGUAUUCACUUUGUGAGGUAUUAAAACUAGGUUCAAAAGAGAAAUUAAAGAGCACUGUAUUCUGCAUAAAUGUACAUGUGUAAAAGAAUAGGAGUGAGAGUGAUCAAAGUAGCCUCAGUGUUCUGAAGGGAGGCAAGAGACUCAAGGUCCCAUUAGGCAUGGCUGUUAUGUUAAGUGAUCUGGAUCUUAUUUUCCCUGAGUGGAAAUGACUUUGAUCAAAUAUUUGUGUUGAACAGGACUGUUGAGUUGUUAGAAUCUCCUGGGCAUCCGUAGCUUUUAGAACAAUACGGUUAAUAUACUUUAUUGCACGAGGCAUUAAUGGACAAAAAGCUUUACUGAGAAGUACUAUUUCUUUUGCAUAAGUUCUCACACAGAAGAAGCAUCUACUCACCUUUCCAAACAGCCAUCAGUCAGUGAAGAAUUUUACCUAAUAUAAUGAUAAUUAUUUAUACCAGAACCAUACUUGUAUGUACGGAAAUAUAUUACCGUAGUAGAUUAUUAAUUUUACAGUCACAAAAAUAGUUGGGUGAAAGCACACACACACACUUGCCCAUUCACACAUCUACAACACAUGAAACUAUAUAUGUAUAUAUUAAGAAUCACAAAGCCAUCCCUACCCAUAUUCAUCACCAGAACACGUAAUUGGUGGUACACUGUAUAUUUGAAAUCUUUAUUUUGAUUAGUUUUAAUAAGUAUUGAAAGAAGUGCUAAUACUCAGUGUGCCUAUGCUUUAGUAAAUAAAAGUUAAUCUGCA